GUUUACUCGUACGUACAGGGCUGCAUUUGGUAAGGAGGCCAGCCAAACAUCAGACCGCCACUCAACAGUCUUUCCAAUGACAUAUCCUCCGAAACGAAACACAUUCGCUCUUUACAAAAUAUUACACUGAUUCGCAUACACAUACACACUCGUGCCUGGAAGCGCCACAACAUGAUAUCUCAUUGAACAAGCUACACUCAUUAAGCCGUGACGACAUCUCCCUCGCGGCGCCACCCCCCCGAGACACGAUGGAUACGACGAAGCAACAGCAGGCUUCUAGCUCGAAGUUAGCUGCAUCCCCUACGAUACUGAGUGCGAACGAUAUGCCUCCCGCAAUUCCGGAGGCCACACCAGCGCCAGGAGAGGAGUCGUCAAUGUUGCCCCCUCCUGUACCUGAGCCGAGGAGCAGGCCACUAUCAUUAGUAUCAAAGAAGAACAAUCGGUUAUCAAUUAGCUUUCCAGUGCAACCAUCCGAGACAAUGUCCCCUGGGAGACAGACACCAACUCAAAACUCCGCAUUUCCAUCACCCCUCGUUGCCAAUCAAUCGGCAUUACCGUCACCGCAAGAUUCAGCAGGCUUUAUGCAAGCUUUAGCUGGACAAGAGCGAAAGGUCUUCGAGCUUCGAGAAGAACUGAACCGGGCGGAAGUGGAGCUUAAGAAGCUUAAAACACAAUGGGCAAUUCACGAAGCAGAUAAGAAGAGGGCAGAAAUUAGACUGGUGCGGAGGCUGGAGCCGAUGCAACUAGAGGACACAAUCCAGGGCCAAGCCACUCCAUUAGGCGAUGAAGAUAUUGCUAGAAGGAGUGCUGAACUUGAUCGCCGAAAGGCAAUUCUUGCGGCAAACGUCACCAAAGUGUCGCGGAGGAAAAUAAUCACGGGUGGCCAUACUCGUGCGCUAUCGUUAUUAUCUCCAGACAGGUCUCCGAAUGGACAGUACCCAAGUUUCGAUACCGUGGAGAGGAGUAGGGAUAGUUUUGACGUUGGCCCCGGUCUUCCUGCGAUACCCAGGAAGUUGACGAUGCCGGAUACCAGCCAAGGCCUUUCUAGGGUCACUUCAGAUAGAGCAAGGCAUUCUUACCAGGGCAGUACGACUAUUGGCGUUAAGCAAAUUGCGGAGGAUCUAAAGGCAGGUUUAUGGACGUUUAUGGAGGACUUGAGACAGGCAACUGUCGGCGAAGAUGCCCUCGAGCGAUCUCCCAUAGGUGAUGCAGAGGAUCCUAGAACAGUCGCAGGUACCGGGGGAACGAAAAAGGCCAACCAUGGUCUGAUAACAAAGAAGUCCACCAGCAGAGACCGUGGGACAGCCUCAACAUCGAAGUCAGUUCCAGUAUCGAGGGCAAAGAAUACUGGCCAGCAGUCACUAUUACAGACGCAACCUGCCCAGCCGUCGACUCCGCCGCCGAAUAAAACGACCAUGUCUACCUCGACAGUCGACGAUGAUUGGUCAAAUUGGGACUCCCCUUCUUCAAAGGACGCUUCACCUCGGUGGAGCAAUAGUACCAUGCCAUCGUCGGAUGACGCUAGCGAGGCAGGGAAACCAUGGUGAGAAGAACUUAAACGCUCCAACGACCUAUUGUGAGAUUUUUACUUACAUGUUUCAAGCGCCGAGUCUAGUGAGCUAAAACAAUCUCUGAUAACCGACACGCCUCCUGUGGAAGAAGAAUCUCCGUGGGCGGCAUUUAAUAAUUUUACUCCUGUGAAUUUGAAGCGCACAGCAUCGAAUUUUAUUAGAGAGUUUGAAAAUAGUCUUACGCCUCCGCCACAGUCACCAAGCAACGGCCGUGAUAACUCCGAGAUGCAGUUGUCGAAGGACAAAAUCAUCUCUGACAACGAGGCACGACUCCUACUGAACAACCUGCCUUAAAUGGCUAGAUGUAUAUAAUGCGCUUUACGAACUUAUUGAUGCUGGAUGCGGACGCUUAUUGACGCUGGGUCUGUACGAUUACUGAUACUGGAUAUCGACGAUUUUUGAUGGUAGAAGCUUAUUUAGAUUCUAUACUCGUGCUUCUUAAAUCUCUUGAAGAGUGGCAGUGCGUACGAGAAUAUCAAUUUUGGAUAUAG